AUGUCAGCCUCAGGGUCCCUGUGUACCCCCCUUCUGACCAAAGUGCACAGGUUGAAGAGAAACUGCGGCCGCAGUCGAGAGCGCCGAGUCGCGGGUGCUUCGUCCUGUGUGCGCCAUUCCGAUCCGAGUUCACACAUCCAACAGCCGACUUCAACUCUGAUCAGUACCACCGACAUCCUCGACCGACUCCGGCUUCCAAUUUCUUCCGCGGUCUUCGAUCGGAUUUGCGAUGCAUCGAUGACAGCUUCUUCUGGCGUUUUGGGGUGUGUUGCGUCGUGCAGUCGCUUCCUCAAGAGUCAGGUCCUAGUAGUAUUGAUCCCGCCUCCAGAGGUCCCUGAGCCGGUUGAGGCCUUCCGAACCGAAUCCCAGGAAGGCGCCAACACAAAAUGGAGUCCUGAGGUUGUUUUCAAGGAUCAGCUUGAAAAUGUUGACUCUGAUUCUUGGUCCGAUCCGUUCUGUGUAAGAGAAGUCCCAUCGCAUGGUUGUCUGGAGCCCCCCUCCCCCAACUUAGCAGGUUGUCCUCAACCUUCAAGUCAGUAA